AUGGCGUCCGGCGGCCAUAUGCAUAACUUCACCACUCUCAUCAAGCGGCUCGAGGCAGCAACCUCACGUUUGGAGGAUAUGGCUAUGUCACUCGAUGGCCCCAGCUCGCCAAAGUCUGUGGGCGGUCCUUCAUCUGCUUUGCCCGCUACUCCCGAACCCCCUAAGUCCCUCCCUCCUCCGCCGGCAGUCCCCGCAGCCGCCCCAGUUCCGCCGCAGAUUCAAGACUUCGAUGCCUUGAUUAAAGGAGAUGUCCAAAACUUUGUGACCCUCGGAGAGAAGAUUGGUGGCUUGGUUGCCGAGCAGUCGAAAGCCGUCCUCCGGGCCUUCCAAGCCGAGCGCACAUAUCUUUUCGUUGUCAUAAAGGCCAAGAAGCCCGAUACUCAGCCCCCAGAGCUGAUGACGGAUCUGCACAAAGCAUCUGACAGUAUCAACAACAUCCGCGAAUCAAACCGGGCAUCACCACUCUUCAACCACCUGAGCGCCGUUGCGGAGGGUAUCGUUGCACUCGCCUGGUUCUUUGAGAGCAAGCCCGCAGACUUUGUGACGGACAUGAUUGGUGGCAUUGAAUACUAUGGAAACAAAGUUUUGAAGGAGUACAAGGACAAGGACAAGACGCAUGUCGAAUACAUCAAGGCAUACUACCAAAACUUUAAGGCUCUCGCAGAAUACCUUAAGAAGCAUUUCCCUAAAGGUCUCACAUGGAACAAUGAGUCUGGCAUUGAUGCACUGGAAGCUUUGAAGCAAGCCAAGGGCGGAUCUUCCCCAGCUCCUACCGGUGGCAUUCUCCCUCCACCUCCUCCCCCCAUCCCAUCUCUGAAUAUCCCCAGCGGUAGUGCUCCUCCCCCUCCCCCUCCUCCCUUCAUUCCCCCGGCCCCAUCACCCGCGGCCCCAUCUCCUGACAUGGGCGCUGUCUUCGACCAGCUCAACCAGGGCGAGGGAAUCACUUCCAGUCUCCGAAAGGUCGACAAAUCCGAGAUGACCCACAAGAACCCCAACCUGCGCACCAGCUCAACUGUAUCGGAGGGCUCUAGCGCCGUGCGCGGCAAGUCGCCAGCUCCUAGCAAGAAACCUAAGCCCGAGAGCAUGCGCACGCGCAAGCCGCCCCGCAAGGAGCUCGAGGGAAACAAAUGGUAUAUCGAGAACUUCGACGCCCCGGGCGAUAUCAUCGAGAUCCCCGCGCAGCAGAACCAAUCAAUUCUCAUCACUCGCUGCAACAAAACCAUCAUCAAGGUCUCGAACAAGGCCAAUGCCAUCGCCAUUGACAAUUGUGUCGGCCUUUCCCUCAUCGUCGACUCUCUCGUUAGCAGUCUUGAUAUCAUCAAGUGCCCCAAGUUUGCUGUGCAAAUUGACGGCGUUGUCCCGACUUUGCUGAUGGAUCAGGUCGACGGUGCUGCUGUUUACCUUGGACAGCAGAGUCUCAACACUGAGAUCUUCACCAGCAAAUCCUCUGCCAUCAACAUCAAUCUUCCCCCGCCGGAGGGCACUGAUGAGGACACCAAGGAGUGCCCUCUGCCAGAGCAGUUCAAGAGCUAUAUCAAGAACGGUGUGCUGGUGAGCGAGAUUGUCGAGCACGUUGGUUAA